UGCAGAUAGGUGGAAUUCCACAAUUCGAAAGCUGCUCAGGUUCAGAUAGGCCCUCGUAAUCUCCGAAAGCCAUCUCCCUCUUCAACUGUUCACUCACAGAUCACUGAUCUAGCCAUCAUGGCUCUCAUCGACUCCAUAGCCCAGCAGUCGGGAAUCCCCUUGUCUACUAAGGUCGUUGUUCUCUUCAUCACGUUGCUUGUCCUUCUGAUCUCAUACGUUGUCCACGCUCUUGUUCUCUCACCGUACGCCCACAUCCCUGGGCCUCUCCUUUCCCGUCUUUCCAACCUGCCCCUCUACUACGCCACCUACAAGGGCACGGAAGCCACCACUAUCGCCCGUCUCCAUGCCAAAUAUGGUUCCGUCGUGCUCAUUGCCCCAAACGAAGUGAGCGUAUCUGACGGUCGGGCUCUCAAAACCGUCUACACCGACGCUGGGGGCUUUCGGAAAGCCGAUUGCUACCGGAACUUCGACAUCGACGGCUUCCCCAGCAUAUUCUCCGAGCUGGAGAGGGGUAACCGCGCCGUAAGGUUCAAGAGCGUGAGCGGGCUGUUCAGCACUGGGGCCAUUCGGGAUAGUGGAGAGGAAGUGAUCAAAAAGGUCGCGAAGCGAUGGAUCGCGUAUCUGCGGCAGGCGAAAGGAGGAGCGAAAGCUCACGGCCAGUCUGCAGAUGUACUGAAAGCUGCGAGAGCUUUUGCGCUAGAUGCGGUGACGGGGUAUUUGUUCGGGGAGUGUUAUGGAGCGCUGGAAGAGAUUGCACAGGAACAGAGGGAUGCUGUGGGAGCUGCGGAGAAGAUUUCUGCCAGUUUGUUCGUCGAUUCGUUUGUUGCGGUCGGCCGGUUCUUCUAUCUCCCUUCCUGGGUCUUCACGCUAUUGGAGACGUGGAGCGCCAGAUUGGCAAAGGAUAAAGUGCAGGUAGAAGAGAGUAUGGAGACGGUCGACGGUUUCGUGGGUAGAAUUACUGAAGAGACUGCCGCCAGAUUAAGCGAUGAUAAGGAGGAGAACUCCUACCAGGCACGAAUGCUCAAGGCAGGCAUCUCAAAAGAAGAGACAAAGGCACAAUGCAAAGACCUCAUGUUCGCCGGUACAGACUCUACGGGCAUGAAUCUAGCUACAAUAUGCUGGUAUCUCGCAAAGGAUCCAGAGAAAUAUACAAAGCUCCGUGCCGAAGCUCUCGCAAACCCGGACUCAUCGCCUCAAUCGCUCCCUUAUCUUACGGGAAUCGUGAAAGAAGGACUUCGCCUCAGUAUGGCCAAUCCAACGCGUAUGCCUCGCGUCGUUCCCUCAUCCGGCUAUACCCUACCAGGCGGUCAGUUCCUUCCUCCAUCUACGGUAGUCGGUCUACAACCGUACACUUUGCACCACAACCCGGCCGUCUUUCCGUCGCCAAACGAGUUCAUUCCGGAGCGGUGGGAUGAUGCCACUCCAGAAAUGCUUAGGGACUCCAUCCCGUUCGGACUUGGUAGCAGAGCGUGCAUAGCGCGCAAUCUAGCCACCGUCGAGCUGUAUAUCGCUGUCGACGCAAUCGUGCGCGAUGGUCUUCUGGAAGGAGCAUCUCCAUGCAAAUCGAAGAUUGAAAUCCUUGAGUGGUUUAAUUCUAAGGUUAUUGGAGAGAAGAUAGAGAUCAGGUGGUGACCCAACCUCGUGUGUAUCUA